AAGUACAUAAUACCUCAGAUCACUACAGGUCUACAGCUCCAAGUUUCAAAAGCUACUACUCAUAACUCAUUACCCAUUUCAGCCAGUCAAUCAUACCCAGUACUACAAAGUCUUCAGCUUCUUCAAGUACACAAUAUCCCAGAUCACUACAGCUCCUACUUAUAAGUUUCAAAAGCUACUACUCGAUCAUUUCAGUCAAUCAAUCAUUACCCGGUACUACUUAAAUUAGUCUUCAUCUUCUUCAGCUUCUUCAGCUCGACCAGUCGGUACUUGCUACUUAGUAAUGGAAGGUGGUGGUUUCUCAGCUUUCUCUCAGUACUUUGAUCACAAUGCGCAGUACCCAGUUGGCUCGGAGUUGCUGGAAUCUUCUUCUCAUUCUGAUAACAACAGCGGCGCCGGGGUUGGGCGGAUGAACUUGUCUGACGAGGAGGUGAUGCUGGCGGAGACGUACCCAAAGAAGAGGGCGGGGAGGAAGAAGUUCAAGGAGACGAGGCACCCGGUGUACCGCGGCGUGCGGAGGAGGAACUCCGGCAAGUGGGUUUGCGAGGUUCGUGAGCCCAACAAGACGACGAGGAUUUGGCUCGGGACUUUCCUCACUGCCGAAAUGGCGGCGCGUGCUCACGACGUGGCGGCAAUUGCGUUGAGGGGCCGGUCUGCGUGCUUGAACUUUGCUGACUCGGCGUGGAGGCUGCCGGUGCCGGCUUCUAAUAGUGCUAAGGAUAUACAGACGGCGGCUGCUCAGGCGGCGGAGGCGUUCCGGCCUGCCGGGGAGGAAUCAGAAGUUGUAUCGAAACCGGCCGCGGCUGCUGAAGGGGAAGCGGAAUCUGAACCGGUGUUUUAUAUGGAUGAGGAGGAUGUGUUUGGGAUGCCGGGGUUGCUGGCCAACAUGGCGGAAGGGAUGCUAUUGCCGCCUCCUCACUACAAUUGCUACGGCGGCGAUGACAUGGAAGGUUAUGGUGACUUGUCACUAUGGAGUCACUCCAUCUAGCUUUUCUAUUUUUCUAGUAUUGGAUUUUUGGAGAAUUUGAUUUGUGGAUAAAUCAAAUUUUCUCCGUACUUAUAAAUUUUUUUUGAGAAGUACGGAUUGAAUAUAUGGGAAGAAAAAUGGAAGGAAAAAGAAACAAGAAUGGGGUGUGGAAGUGAAAGUUAUGAGGAAUACUUAGCUUAGCUGGUUAAUUAGUUGUAGUUAUGUGUAUUGCUUGGCUAAUGACAUCAUUUUUAAUGGAAAAUCGUGAUUAGUAAUUUCAAGUUAUAA